AUGCUGUCUCGCCAAGUCAUCCGUUCAGCUCAUUCCGCUGCUGCCCACACAGCUAAGGCUGUCAAGGGUGAACAAGUGACCAAGUUGGCCAAUGGAUUGACUGUUGCCUCAGUAGACAACUUCGGGCCUUUGAGUCAGUUGGUACUUGCUUUCCGUGCCGGUUCACGUUAUCAAUCCCCCAACGAGAAUGGGCUCGUCCAUCACAUCAGAAACUCUGUUGGAAGCGACUCCGAGAAAUACCCUGGUCUUAGCCUUGUUUGGAGUUCCGCUGUUGCCGGAGGAAACUUGACCUCUUUUGCAUCCCGUGAUCUUUUCGGUGUUUCCCUCACCGUUCCAAGAGAUCAAACCUCAGUAGCCCUCUCUAUUCUCGGACAUGUUGCUGCUCAACCAGCUUUCAAGCCAUGGGACGUCGAAGAGGUUCUCCCAAGUCUCAACCUUGACAUCUCUUACAGACAAGCUUAUGAUAUUGUUCUUGAUGGAAUUCAUCAAGCCGCUUAUAGAAAUGGAAAUUUGGCUAACUCUCCUUAUGCUGAAGCUCAUCAAGUAGGAAAAGUUUCAUUCAAGACACUCCAGAGCUUCGCUGAACAAAGACUUGUCUCUGGACAAGCUGUUCUUUUCGGAUCCAAUAUUGAGCACGACAGACUUGUUUCAUACGGAGAUAACCACGCUCCAAUCCGUGCUGCUAAUGGAACUGGCCCAGAAAGCUCUCCAUACAAGGGAGGAGACUUCCGCAAGGAAACCGGAGGAAAGUACGCUCAUGUCAUUCUUGCUGGAGCUGGUGCCGCUGGAAGUGACGCUAAGGCUGUUGCUGUUCAAUCUGUUCUCCUCAAUGCUCUCGGACAAGGAGCCGCUGUCCAAUUCUCUGGAUCUGCCGGAAACGGAGCUGUUGCCAAGGCUGUUGGACAACAAGGAGCUGCUACCGCCUUCCAAUCCGUACACCAGGAUGCCGGUUUGGCUGGAGUUUACCUCGUUGCUGAGGCUUCCAAGAUUGCCGGAGUAGUUUCUUCUGCUGCUAAUGCCAUCAAGAACUUCAAAGCUUCUGAUAUUGAAUCCGCCAAGCGUCAAGCCACCAAUGAUGCUCUCCGUUCCUCUGCCCACAGCCAAGCCCACGCUGUAGAUAGAGCCGGACAACUUCUUUCCGGAGUUCAAGACGGAUCUAUUGUUAACGCCAUCCAAACUGUGACUGCCAGCGACGUCGAAGCUGCUGCCAAGAAAAUCGCUUCCAAGUUCUCUGUUGCUAGCACAGGAAACGUUCACACCGUCCCUUAUGCCGAUUCUAUCUAA